CUCUACGAAGUAACUUCAUCUUUGAUUUACAGUCUGGCCUCUCUAGCUGUAUAAAUUCUAUCCAGCACUAUGGGACUUUACUAUUUACUCAAAAAAAGAAAACUGUUAAAAUACCAAGUGCAGAGCAAUAUGGCACCCUUAGCACAGACUUUUCCAGCUUGAGGAGCAAAUGUCUGACCAUGUAAAUCAAGAGGCAUGGCCUUUAUCACCCAAAAGGAAUGGAAGAGGCACUGGUAGGGGCCCACCUGAUGUACUGUCAGAGUUGCAAGGGUGCUUGGGAAUCACAUUAACAUUUUUGAGGACAUGAGUCUGCCUCGGGCUUCUUAUAAAUACAGCUUGACUCAGCCACUGUGUGACUGAAACCCUUGGGACAUGAAGUGGAUACUGUUCUUUGGGGCCCUUAUUGGGUCUGGCAUCAGUGGCCGAGAAAAGUGUUUUGGGGACCAAGUUUUCAGGAUUAACGUCAGAAAUGGAGAUGAGAUCAGCAAAAUAAGUCAGCUAGUGAAUUCAAACAACUUUAAGCUCAGCUUCUGGAAAUCUCCCUCUGCUUUUGGUCAUCCUGUGGAUGUCCUCGUCCCUUCUGUCAGUCUUCAGCCAGUCAGAGCCUUCCUGAAGUCCCAGCUCUUAGAGUACUCAGUGACUAUUGAAGACCUGCAGGCCCUUUUAGAUAAUGAAGAGAAAGAAAGGCAACACAAUGAAGGUCAAGAACGGAACAGUAAUAACUUCAACUAUGGGGCCUACCAUUCUCUGGAAGCUAUUUACCAUGAGAUGGACAGCAUUGCCCAAGAUUUUUCUGGCUUGGUGAGCAGGGUGAAGAUUGGGCAUUCAUUUGAAAACCGGUCGAUGUAUGUACUGAAGUUCAGUACUGGGAGAGGCAGUCAGCGGCCGGCCAUUUGGCUGAACGCGGGCAUCCAUUCCCGGGAGUGGAUCUCACAGGCCACAGCAAUCUGGACUGCGAGAAAGAUUGUAACUGAUUAUGGGAAGGAUCCAGCCAUCACGUCCAUCUUGGAGAAAAUGGAUAUUUUCUUGUUGCCUGUGGCCAAUCCUGAUGGAUAUGUUUACACACAAACUCAAGACCGAUUAUGGAGGAAGUCACGGUCUCUAAAUCCUGGAAGCUCCUGCAUUGGUACUGAUCUAAAUAGAAAUUGGAAUGUUAGUUUUGCAGGAAAGGGAGCCAGUGACGACCCUUGCUCUGAAGCAUACCAUGGAACCCAUGCCAAUUCGGAAGUAGAGGUGAAAUCAGUGGUAGAUUUCAUCCAAAAACACAGGAAUUUCAAAUGUUUCAUUGACCUUCACAGCUACUCACAGCUGCUGAUGUACCCAUAUGGGUACACGUUCAACAAGGCCCCGGAUACUAAAGAGCUGGAUGAGGUGGCAAGGCGUGCGGCCAAAGCUCUGGCUUCGCUGUCGGGCACUGAGUAUCGCGUGGGUCCUAUCAGCACCACUAUCUAUCCAGCUAGCGGGAGCAGCACUGACUGGGCAUAUGAUAAUGGCAUCAAGUAUGCAUUUGCUUUUGAGUUGAGAGAUACUAGGCACUAUGGCUUCCUUCUGCCAGCCAACCAGAUCAUCCCCACUGCAGAGGAGACCUGGCUGGGGAUGAAGACCAUCAUGGAGCAUGUGCGGGACCACCUCUACUAGAUGAGGAGCCCCGCUCUUUCUACAUCUACUUAUCCCCAUUACACACACAUAUUAAGCCCACUAUAAAGGACUCUUGUUCUUUCACAUGUGAGUCAGAGCCUUCUGGCUUUGUAGAGAACAAAGGCCAGCCCCUUUCUAGCCCCCUCCUUGAAGUUUAUGCAUUCUUGUGGUGCUCUGGGAGAAGUGCUUCUGUCACCCUGCUAUCUUUUGGUCCUGCUGUUUUGCUGAACACUUUGUAUGCCUCUCCUUCCACACAGCCAGUUGGGCAAGCCACAUGUAGGAUCACUCCUUACUGGGUGGCAUGUCUCUACCUCAUUUUUAGAACAAAAGGACAUCUGAAAUAUUUCUCUAGCUUCAUCCAAUCUAGCCACGCCUGUGACUUUGCUCUGGUGGGGGUCCCAUGGGAAGUGCUGUGGAAGAUAAAGCUUGUUUUUUAGAUUGGUCUCAAAGAUGACACCGAACUUCCUUUAAUUUAUCUCACUCUUUCUUGAAAAUAUUUUUCUUUGGAAAAUAAAUCCCAUAGGGUCAUCAGUAUAGGUCAUCCCCCUCCCCCAUUUUUUUCUUUGUUUUUGGUCAGAAUACAAAGUAGAGGAUCACUUCUUAUCACUGGGCCAAAAAUUCCCAGAUACUACAUCUCUGAUCAUAUUCUUCCCUUUAUUAUUCAGUGUAAUUGGGAUCCCAGAAGGAGAUCUGUGUCACUGUGGGUACUGCCCACUCAGAAACCCUAGAUGAAGUGCUGAUCUGAUAGCAGGAUUGCUAAAUUAUCCCCAUCUGUCCUAAUGGGCUCACCUCCACUUUGUCUUUUGAACUUGCUUCAGAUAUCUUCCUCUCACCCUGCUGGUCCUAAAUCACUCCUCUGGCCUGGAUAAUCUCACUGCCCUGGCACAUUCCUGUUUGUUCUCUUGUGUCCCUUGUGUUUCCUUCUGGUUUUUGUUUUUUGUGUUUUCUGUUUUUGGUCCUUAAAGUUGCUGUUUUCUAUUUUGCAUCCUGGACCAUGAAUACCAAAGUGGAUCAAGGAUUUAUCAGUUAGAUGCCUCUUUAGGCGCCACUUUCUCCAUUCCUCCUCAGUGUGUACCAUCUGCACCACCCCCCUUUUUUCCAGUUUGCUUUUUUCAAGCAUGUCUGUAAAUCUUGUCCUUCUGCCUAGGAUUUGUGCAGCAUCUGGUGUGUGCUCAUAAACCAAUAAAUAUUCA